AUGUUGAAAAGUGCAAAUUCAAGAAGAAGUUUGACACAUUUGUGUGCACUAUUCAUGUACAACGGUGGAAUAUGUUUCCAAGCGAUGACAAUGUUCAAACCGAAAGAGACUGAUGAGUUUAAUGUGACAAUUAGACAGCACGUGCUGCCCCGAUAUGAUUAUUUCGUCGAUUCCCAAAUUAGUCCAGUAUUUGAGAUUGUUUAUGCUACUCAUGUCUUGUUUCUAGUUUUUCUCUAUACUAUUGAAAUAGCAACAUGUAAUUUAGCUGCUGUUUUCGUUGGUCACAUUUGUGGACAAGUUCAAGUGAUGAAGGUUAAGUUGAAAAUACUCGGACAAUCUGAGAAUCAGGGAAAUUCCAAAGGUAUUGAUGAUCUAAUAGCGUCCACUUAUCAUGAUAUGUUUUCAUCAAUGACGUUCAAAUGGUACAGAUUGGCCGGAAACACUCGAAAAGUUUUGCGUGAAAUUUGUUUAGUGGAGGUCCUGUAUUCCACUGCAGUCAUGUGCUGGCUUGAAUUCUUUUGUUUGAAGGAAUGGAGUGAUAGUGAGGGCCUGUCUUUAGUGACGUAUUUCUCGCUGUUCGUAUCUCUGACAUUCAAUAUUUUCAUUCUCUGCUACAUUGGAGAGAUUUUAAAGAAUCAGUGCGAAUCUGUAGCUGAAGUGACUUAUAAGUCCGACUGGUGUCAAAUUCCUCCAAAAAAACUAUCGUCUUUCAUUUUAAUCAUUGCUAUGGCGAGAUAUCCCCAGAGCAUAACAGCAGGAGGAAUGAUAGAGCUGACACUUCGAAGUUUUGGUGACGUGUUGAAAACAUCAUUGGCAUAUUUGCAAAUGUUGCGAACAACAUUCUCAAUACCCCCGAUUUCCCAUCAUCUCUCAAACAUUCUCCAUGAUAAAUUAGGGAGAAUGUCAGUUGACAAAGCGACAAGCUCAUCGGAAGAAGUAAAAACCAUUCAGUUGACUCGCUGGCUCCUGAUAUCACUCGGCAUUUGGCCAUUCGUGACUGACAACUCCACGAUUAUCGAGACAUUUCUAGGAAUAGGGGUUCAAAUACUCUCCUACGGUCUUCUAGUAUUCACAAUUGUCCCCACGACGUACCACAUAUUCAUGCGGGAGCAGAAUUUGGACGCAAAGAUAACAUUAAUCGGUCCCAUCUGCUUCUUCACAACGAAUUUACUCAAGUACUGCGCCAUUGUCUAUCACCGUGAGGACAUAAAGCAAUGCAUAAAGUGCGUGAAAACCGACUGGCAACGGAUAACGAAUCAGAUGGACCGCGACAUCAUGAUGAGGAAUGUGUCGACAGGAAGAAACUUGACUAUUUUCUUCGCCAUUUUUAUGUACAGCGGUGGAAUGUUCUAUCACACGUUCAUGCCCUUCCUCGUCACUAGUCAAGUUACUAAUGUGAGAAAUACUUCCACUCGGCCGUUGGUCUACGCCGGCUACGACUUAGCUUUCGAUCCUUAUGUCUCGCCUGUUUAUGAAAUAGUGUUUUUAUCCCACUGUCUGACUGCCAUGGUUGUUCACACUAUUGUCACUGUUUCGUGUAAUCUCGCUGCGAGUUUUGUAGCGCAUGCUUGCGGACAGAUUCAGAUCAUAAUUUCCAGGCUCCAUUCCCUCAUUGAGGAUGACUUGACUCAGGACAGUGUUUGUGUUCACAGAAAAAUGGCGAGCAUCAUUCAAUGUCACGCCAAGGUCCUCAGAUUCACUGUUGGUGUUGAAGUUAUUCUCCGGGAAAUAUGUCUGAUCGAGGUCGUCGCGUCUACCUUCGUAAUUUGUCUCCUCGAGUACUAUAUUCUGGCGACGUGGAAUGGAAGUGAAGUAAUCGGUAUCCUCACUUAUCUCGUCCUCCUAGUAGCCCUAAGUGUCAACGUUUUCAUAUUUUGUUUUAUCGGUGAAAAGUUGACUCAGCAGUGUCACGAGGCGAGUAAAGCUAUUUACAUGAUAAAAUGGUAUCGUUUACCGCCAGAUGUGGCUAUAGCACUGGUGCUAUUUCUAGCUAGUGCACAAGUGCCGAGGAGAAUUACCGCUGGAGGGUACAUGGAUUUAUCCCUCAACAGUUUUGUCAAGGUGCUCAAAACGUCAGUUGUCUAUCUAAAUUUACUCAGAACUGUGGAGAAUUGACUGACGUUCUUCAUCG